CAACACCUGCUUUGACCGCAGAGACAGAACAGUCCUCGUUCGAAGGGAUUGCUGAAUUACCUUCAACACCAUCCGUACCGGAAGCACCUCCUGCCAAUAGCGAAUUCAAAGUGCCACCACUUCCGGUUACACUCGAUUCGCAGUUCUCGACGGAUUUACAAUUUCCGGACCUGGCGAAUGAGCAUCAUCAAGAUAAUCAAUUCAUAACCAAUAUCGAAAUCGACGACGAUCAGUUCCAGCCAGCGCAAAACUUUCAGUUCGCAGCGUCCGAUUUCGACUUUCUGCUGUCGAAAGGUGGCUGCCCAGGAGGAGGGGAUCAAACGGUUGAUGCGGCGCGUGAUUCUUUACUGUUGAAAUUUGAUCCUCUGCUCAAGGCACCGACGGCUUUGGUUAGCAAUAGCCAGCGGCUAAGCGUGACGCGAGAGGAAACCCCGGAAGAAAUCUGUACCGGGGAGCUGCAGGAGCUGCCGGACUUUGUCGAAGGUGUCAUAGAAAUCAGCACCAGCAGCAGCACCAACAACCCGCCGCCACCACCAAUAAUCGUAGAAACUGCACCCGCAGCAGAAGACGGCGAAGCCGAAACCCACGACCCGCCACAAGGGGAUAGCAGUGUUGUGGGCGAACUAGGCGGUGGAGGCGUUCUGGUGACGGGGCUGGAAACGAGUGGAUUUGUUGCCGUUGCUGCUGUUUCGCCAUCCGCCUGCACGAUGAGUAUGAACAUCGACGAGGAGGCAAAAAAUCCGCAACCACACUGCGCAGAUGACGAAGACGACGGAGAGGCAGACGAAAAAAUGAGCGUUGACAAUACGAUGAUACUGGACGGCGGCGGCGAAAGCUCUUCCUCGCUGGCAGAACCAAACGUGAGCUUCAUGGAGGCGGAUCAGGAUUUCAAUGGCACCGGCGUCAGCCUGAACAGCACCAGCAACGAGCUGGUGGCCGACAAGAAGAGCAAAAAUGAAUCGCUGAAAAUCGAAGAACUGCAGAAAAAACUCGGCGAUGCAGAACUCCGCGAGGAAGCGCUACUGAAACGGAUCACCGAAAAGGACAAAACCAUCUCGAAGAUGAGCGGAGUGGUGGAAGCGUACGAACGUGCCAUCGCCGAUCUGAUUACCCAGAAGGAACAGACGACGCAAAGCUACGAAAAAACGUGCGAGGCCCUCAAGGCGGACAGCGACAUUAACGCCCAGCAUCUGGAAUCGCUGGAGAAAACCUUCUCCGAUUUGCACGCCAAGUACGAACGGAUGAAGGUCAUCACGGUGGAGUACAAGGAGCGCGAAGAGGAACUCAUCAACGAGCGGAACCGGUUCGAGGAAAGCCUCCGGAUGCAGGAAAAGCGCUACGAAAACAUGAAAAGUCACGCCAUGGCCCAGCUGGACAUUGCCAACAAUAAACUAGCCGAACUGGUUCGGAACCAUGCCCAGGAGGUCACCAAGUUGAAGGCCCUGUUGAAGAAGGAGGAGAUCUAUCGGGCCUCGGUGAACGAACAGCUGAGCCAAAAGUCACGGGAGAACGAAGAACUGGUGAAGAUCUGCGAGGAGCUAAUCAAUGGGGGUGCUAAUUAGUGUUCGACUAAUUUCGAGCAACACGGAGUGAUGAGAAUAUAGUGAUUAAGAGUGAAAUGAGUGUGCGAAAAAAAUGGAAACAAUGUAGCGAUAAGACAUUGGAACUGCGGUAAUCGUAUAUUAAUUACUGAAAUACACAUGUUAAACCUUCAACUUUAAAAUAAAGAACGAGGAAAGUGCGUUUCCCUUAUUUUGUUGUGCUUCCAUCGAUGUGUCUUCCAAAUGGCCUUGCCAAUGUGAGUGCGUGUUUGUGUUUUUAUCGAUUUCCUUUUGUGUCUACCCCUGCGGUCGAAAAGAUCCAAGUGAAUCGAUGUCUGAUGAUGGCGUUUCGUUUCGAAAAAGGACAUUUUCCAUUACGGCGUGCGAGACUGGCCACUACCGUUGCGAUGGCGGUGAGUCAUCAGCUAGUAAGUGGUAUUGCGGUGGUGGUAGGUAUAGCAUCAUCGAGCGACGUACAAAUGAGAUAUAGAGAUGCAUAUAAAAUAUGCCAGUACGAUGCAUCAGGGCGCAGUUCUUUAGUUUCGAUUUUUGUAAGCAAUGACUGCACUGUCCCCACUCGCAUAACAGUCUCAUUUGACUUUUCAUGCCGUAACUAUUUUUUAAAUUUAAAGAUGGGAAUGUUCUGUGAGUGGGGGCGGUGCAAAGAUUAUGCAUUCUAUUCAGAUACCCACUACAACUUGAAUUUAACAUAGAAACUGUAAAGGCACAAAUUGAACCACCCUAACAUUCUUUCUCCUGGUCUCGAGGUUAUCCAAAGGGAUCUGGUGCCUAUUAAGGACCCCUAUGUAUAUAGUGGACCCCCUACAUAAAAACCAAAAUAUAAGUGUACAAAACAACUUAUUCCAUGCAACUUCUACAUCUAUAUCUAGAUUUAAUUACCUACUGUAACCAAAACUGUAACAGAUCAUUUCAGAAGCUGAAACUGAAAAUAUGACAGGGUGGGACGGGGCAAGAUGGGUCAGUGCCAUUUUCGGGCGCAUUAUUCAUGUUUUGAUUAUGUUAAUAAUUUUGUUAGAUGACCAGCAUAAAUACAGGGUGUUAGGUUCCUGAGUGCAAACUUUUUAAAGGGUGAUAGAGGACCAUAAAUGGUGAAAAAAAUUGUUCUAGCAUAUGGUCAAAUCUCAACCGUUACGUAGUUAUUGAACUCCCCAUGUUUUUGACUCUUAUUGCCUUAACUGGUUAUAACUUUAAAAUGGUCAAACUUAUCGCACUUUUUUAACCCUUAUUCGAAAGAUUAUUGAAUUUUCUAUCAAAUGGCAUCUUUGAACCGAUCGGUUUAGUUAAAUAACUAAGUUUUCUAGAUCAAAUAGCCUAAAAGUUGUGUGUUUUAAUUUGUUUUUGUCAAUUAUCUUUGAGAAAUGCGUAAUAAUUUAAAAUUCUUUCUUUGGGAAAGUUGUGAUCCUUGUUUCACUCUACAGUUCGUUCUUUGACAUCAAACUUCUAUCUCUUAUCGUUUUCUUGCAAUUUCGAUUUAAACGUCGCAUUUCAGAUCAGAAAUUUGCAAUCGUCUUGGUUAGCACUUUUUUGCGCACUGUGCUGCACAUUUAAAUCAAAAUUGCAAGAAAACGAUAAGAGUUAGAAGUUUGGCGUCUAAGAACAAAUUGUAGAGUGGAACAGGGGCCACAACUUUCCCAAAGAAAGAAUUUUAAUUUAUUACGCAUGUUUUAAAGAUAAUGGACAUAAACAAAUAAAAACACACUAUUUUUAGCUAUUUUGCCCUAGAAAACUUAGUUAUUUAGCUAAACCAAUCGGUUCAAAGAUGCCAUUUGAUAGAAAAUUCAAUAAUCUUUCGAAUAAGGGUAAAAAAACUGCGAUAAGUUAAACCAUUUUAAAGUUAUAGCCAGUUAAGGUAAUAAGAGUCAAAAACAUGGGGAGUCCAAUAACUACGUAACGGUUGAGAUUUGACCAUAUGCGUAGAACAAUUUUUUACACCAUUUAUGGUCCUCUAUCACCCUUUAAAAAGUUUGCACUCAUGAACCUAACACCCUGUAUACAAAAGUGUGGGGCAUUGAUUGAAAAAUUAUUCACUCUCUUUGGAAAUAAAAAAUAAAAUGGUUUUUAACUAUUUUUCUUAUGCGAUAUAUUCCAUAUAAUCUCCAUAUAAACGGCUUCGGGGCGAGAUGGGUCACCUUCAAUUUUGAACGCAUUUUUGGAGCAUUCAAAAGUUAUUUAUUUUUUAUUACAAGACUAUCUCAUAAAUGACUUCAAUCAAGCAGAAUGAACGCUCAAAAUUAUAACAUAAAAUUAUGUUAUUUUUUAGUGAAAACAUCGAUUUUCAAGUCGCCUCAAGUGAUCCUACUCAAAUCGUAAGGUUUUUUUUAUAUUCUAAAUAAAUUUAUAAAAUGUAUACCUACUAGUAGCUCUUGUUUACUCAGUAUGGAUAUGGAGCAUAUAUGAAUGCGGAACAAAUCUUAUAUUUUGACGUUUUUCGUUGAGAAAAUGUGAAUUACUUAAAAGGUGAUCCAUCUUGCCCCGCACUUUUUUCACGGCGCUAAAUCGAUCACUUUUUAAAACUGAUUGUUUCACAACACAUUUUGUAUUUAAUGAACUUUUUAUCGACUUUUAGUAUAGUUAACUAGUGUAUUAAAGAGUAGCGGACGAAUACAAACCAAUACGAUUUGUAUUUACAAAGUUAUGGUGAUCCAUCCUUAGGUGACCCAUCUUGCCCCGUCCCAUCCCUUAUGAAAAACUUAUGCGGCUGGGCUGGACCAGUUCUACAAGAAUGUUACGGAAAACCGCUUUAUCUUCAAUAUUUAAGAAAAAUGUCAUCGACUACCUACCUUCGAAAAAUGUCAAUCGAUAUUCAUCAUGAAUUUGCAUUUUUCGAAGAUAGUUGACAUUGAUACAGAAAAGAAGUAAGACUUAAUUGGUGAGCUCGUUUCAUGUUACUAUUUUAUUGACAGUAUAUACUGCCUAUGAUUGCAUAUCAGUUCCAUAUCUUCUGGGUUUCCUAUUCAUAUGGGACCGUUAUGCGAUAAUAUACGCAGGGGUUUUCACAUGAUUGGAGGGUGGUCGUACAGUGCAUACAUAGCGUCCUAAAAUUCUGAGGGGUAAGGGGUGACCACCUCUAUUCAACUUUCAACACUCCCAAUUUAUAUUUAUGCUAAUGCUUGACUUCCGAAGCUUAGUCCGCUGCUUCUUUCUCGACUCGUAUCAGCAGUAAGAGGAAUUAACAAAAGUUGUUCAGAAAAUCAUGCAGCGGGGCUCGUCUCGAACUGGAAUAUCCGAAUAACGACCAAAAUAUGUGCCCCUAGUCUCCUGACAGGACUUCAAAUAAGCUACCUUCAAACCAGUAAGUCAGCAGUAUUACAAACAUAUGUUUGCGCAGCAACGCUGUAUGCGAAAUCCACAAACUAAAUCAGCAAACCCCUUCAACAUCUCAUCCCAACAGAAGCGCAAGGCCAGUGCCUCCCCAGCCAAGAAGAAGGAUGCCGACGAGCCGAAAGCAAAACGCGGCCGUGGUCGACCUCCGAAGCAGGGCGGCGCCAAAGCCGCCGCGAAGAAAACGACAUCGUCCACCGGUCGCGGCAGAGGACGCCCGAAGAAGGCCUAAACGAACGCGGCGCGACGACGAUCUUUCCUCACCAAGUUUCUCAUAUUGAGCCAACCGGCGAUCGACGGACGACCUUCUCGCGAUACAAUUUUAAUCCGAACUGUAAGACUAUAAUACAAGCAUAGCUCACUUCUUCUCUACACACCAUACUUCUGAAGGAACACAAUUAGAGCCAUAAGAACCACCACCCAGACGUUAACGGUCAUAGGAUAUUUCCGUAUUUUCAAAUUGAAAAGCGUAAACUAAUCAUAAAGGACCUCUAAGAAGCAUUUAUUGUUUUCCUUUUUCGCAGCCAACAUCUAAUAGGUUAAAGAAGACAGUUUCAAAGUUUGGAACAGCAAAUAGUUAGUUUAAUCACUGUGCCCUUUUUGCGACGGUUUUGUCUAAUUACAAUUAUACAACAAACCUACUAGUUCAAUGACCGAAAGUGUACCUUUAAACAGCUAGUUUCCUUUGUCCAAAUGUAAUAAUAAAUUGAAACGAAAACCAUUCAUACGGGCUAUACUUAUUCCCUAACUUCAAGAAGAAGUUUGCAUUUAGCGUCUUUCGAUUUUGAUCCACACCGUGUCAGAACAGACAGAGAAAACUUAUUUCCCUGCUGAAGCAAAAAUCUCGAGUUUGAAGUCGCGAACUCUUACAACAGUAAUGCAACAGUCUAGUGGUAAAUAAACGUAUUUUAAAGGUA